AUGGAGCGCUUGGGCAAGACAAAUCUGGAACGUCUCGUCAAGUCCUUCACCAGCAAUGAUGUACAGUUCCGCGCACCUUUGGAGAUCCCCCGCAAGAAGUCCCGCCCAUCGGAGACGCUCUACAUACAGCCCGAGAACGGCCGUGAAGCCGUUCUGCUCUCUGUGCUGCUUGACCUCGAGGACAAGAACGAGCGCUGCCGGCGCUUACUCAUCAAAAAUCAGGCCAUCAACAUCUUGAACCAGCUGUACAAUGCGCAACUGAAGGAGAAGUUAGCCGAGCGAGAGACGAAGGGGAAGAAGAACACACCGAAGGGUCACUUGAUGGGCGACGGUAUGCCUGUCGUGCUCACGGGAGACGAGUUCUAUCAGCACGUCGUCGAGUUUAACGAGGACCAGAAGCGGCGGUUGGCGGAGAAGGAGGCUCGGAAGGUGGGCAGGGAGGGUUACAAGCGGGCAUUGGAGGAGUGGGAGAAGAAGCGGAAGGCGCAGAAGGACGCAUGGGAGGUCUGUCGGGAGGAGUGGCAGGCCGAGGUCAAGCGCUGGGAGGGCGCGAAGGUGCGGUGGAUGAAGAGGAAGGCGGAGGGGAAGGUAUCAGGCCGCUUUGCCCAGAAGAAGCCUCUUCUGGGCACGCGGCCCCCUGCUAUUCUGCGUCCCAAGCUCGCCGAGAGCAAUGCUGACAUGGGGGAUAGUGAGGGGGAGGCCUUCGACGACGUGUCGAGCAGCGAUGGCACCUUGGAGGACGAAGAGGAUUGA